UGUUGGGGACAGUAGGCCUGCCUUGCAAACAACUGUUGGAAAGCAGCGCACAGCCAGAUCAGGACGCCAUGGCUGAGACAGUGCAGGACUCACGCUUGUGGUCCGUAGUGCCUUCAGCCCAGCCCCGGGCCAUGGGAUCCAUCUCCUUUUAAUAGCCUGGGCCUACGUUCCAUUCCCAGGUGUCUGCUCACCUCCUGCUGAGGCCCCUGGUGUGUUUCCCGGUGAGCCUAGGCGGUAUCAUCCAGACAGGCACACCACAUGACCCCCGCCAUGCCAUGGCAUCCCAAGGCCUCUCCCAGGUUCCUACCAUCCUUCAGGAUCUGAUGGACCCAGAGCAAAAGAGGCGCCAGCUACUGGAGGCUGAGGCCCUGGCUGCUGCCCUCAACUCCACCUGUUUGACUUCAUCUCCACUCAGUUAGAAUUGGGCAGGUGCACCUGAGUCGGUGGAAAUGAGUGGGAGGGGAAAUGAGGGCGGUCAGGCUGCUGUCCCAGGAGCAUGGAGAGGGUCAGGUCAGGCAACAGCCAGGGUGUGGAAUGCAGAUUCUAUGUUUCAGUGUCCAGCCCUGUGCUGAAAAGAGCUUCAUUAAUCUUUUGAUCCUGUCACCACCAUAUUGUGCAAGUGGGGAAACUGAGGCCCAGCGGGGCUCAAGGAAUUAUUCAAUGUCAUCUAGAGAAUCAGUGGAUUGGGAGCACCACUCAGUGUGAAGAUACCUUGAGAUCUGCUUUCUGUGGGGCAAGUAAGCCUAGAAUUGACCCAAGAGGAUCUGAGCGGAAGAGGAACUGGCCCUGGGGUGCCAAGAGCCAGCAUUCAGCCCAUUGUGGCAUGGGCAGCUGCUGUGCUCCAAGGUGCUCGGCCCCCUCUCUGUGGUGAUCAAAGCUCCUCUGGAAAAAUUCUAGGAUUGACUCAGCAUGAAGACUGGGCUCCGAGGACUAGUGGGAAGCACCAGAGACAGCUGGGGCUAGGGGAACAGCGGAGGCUGGUGCCCAGGCAAUCCAAGGAGAAGGGAGUCCUGAGGGAGCCAGGGACAGUGGCAAAUUGCAGUCCGUGUCCUGUUCAGAGAAGGCUGGCUUCUGCUCACUCUUGGGAAAAUUAUUGGAAGGGUGUGCAGUGAUAGAAGUGUGUCCCCAGAGCCCACUCACAGGAGAGGUGGUUACCUUUGGCUGGGAUAGUCAAGAGUCUUAUUCUAACAAAAAUAACCUUCCACUGGGUUUUGAAGAGUGAAUAGGAGUUUUCCAGGCAAGGACAGUGCAGUCUAGCCGUCAGGACCAGUAUGUACAAAAACACAGAAAUGUGAAACAGCGCAAUUAUUAGUUGAGUGAUUCCUUGGGCCCCAUGAUGUGAGGAAGAGAAGAACGGAGUUCAAGCCAAGGUCACAGUCACGGGGGCGCUUGUGAGCUCUGCUCAGGAAUUGGGAAUUUAUCCUCAGUAAUGUUACUAAAAAUAGCUAACAUUCACUGAGUGCUUUCUGCAGGCCAGGCAUGGCACUAAGCGCUUUAUAAGGUUAAUCUCACUGAAUCCUUGCAUCAACCCUAGAGGUAGGGACCAUCAUAAUGGCCAUUUUGCAGAUGGUGAAACUGGGGGUCCAGAAAGGUUAAAUAGUUGCACACCGUCACACAUUUUCUAAGUAGCAGAACUUGGGUUUAAGCCCAGGUGUCAAUAUCUGCUAUGCACUCUACCACCUCCCCGGCUCAGACCACGGGUACCAUCCAAAGUCUUUCUACUGAAGGAGAGGUGACUGGCAGGUUACCACAGGAUACAGAAUUUGUAGUGUUCCAUCUUCCUUCUAAGUGAUGUGCUGCCCUCCCAUUCCCCACCUCCAACGUCUCACUAAACGAGGUGUGCUGCCCCCAGUCGCGCCAUGAGAAGAGGAAUGGGCAAGUGAAAUUUGGGUUGGCAAGCUUGAUGAAGAGCAAAGGAGAAGGGACAGAUGUUUCAUGGGUCUGAUUUGAACCUGUUGUAUUUCCGGGGACACAUGCUGACAUCCAGAAGGUAGCUGGAGGGAAGGGCCCAGGAAGGAAGUGUGUUCAGGAUGGAGAUCUGGGCUGGAAAUGGAAACUUGGAGUCUUCAGCAGAGCUUGGUCAUUGGAGGCGUGGCACUGAAUUAGAUUGCCCAGCGAAAAUGCAGACCUGGGGUUCUCAAUCCUGGUGACGUCAGCAUCACCUGGAAAGCUUUAAAUAAAAAUACCUCUGCUUAGGCUCCACCCCUAGACAUGCUCAUUCAUUUGGCCCUGGGAUGGGACCUGGGCAUCAGGAGUUUUGAAAGCACCCAGGUGAUCGUAACGUGGUGUAGAGGGUGAGAAGGAAGGAGGUUGAGUCGGGAGCCCAGAAGCAUUCCAACAAUCAGGGCAGGAGAAGUCUGCAAGAAGGCUGAGAAGGAGCAGCCAGAGAGCUUCCCCGCAGGCAACGUAAGGAGAGCCUGUGCCCAGAAGCAGGAUGAGAAGAUGGCAAACCUCCUGUUACCUCGGGGCACCAGCGGCUUCCACAGGUUCACACGGGAGUCCCUGGCGGCCAUCGAGAAGCGCAUGGCGGAGAAGCAAGCCCGUGGCUCGGCCGCCUCGCAGGAGAGCCGAGACGGGCUGCCAGAGGAGGAGGCGCCCCGGCCCCAGCUGGACCUGCAGGCCUCCAAAAAGCUGCCAGAUCUUUAUGGCAAUCCACCCCGAGAGCUCAUCGGGGAGCCCCUGGAGGACCUGGAUCCCUUCUAUAGCACCCAAAAGACUUUCAUCGUGCUGAAUAAAGGCAAGACCAUCUUCCGGUUCAGUGCCACCAACGCCUUGUACGUCCUCAGUCCCUUCCACCCCAUCCGGAGAGUGGCUGUGAAGAUUCUGGUUCACUCGUUCUUCAGCAUGCUCAUCAUGUGCACCAUCCUCACCAACUGCGUGUUCAUGGCCCAGCACGACCCUCCGCCCUGGACCAAGUAUGUCGAGUACACCUUCACCGCCAUUUACACCUUUGAGUCUCUGGUAAAGAUCCUGGCUCGAGGCUUCUGCCUGCAUGCGUUCACCUUCCUUCGGGACCCAUGGAACUGGCUGGACUUCAGCGUGAUUAUCAUGGCAUACACAACUGAAUUUGUGGACCUGGGCAAUGUCUCAGCCUUACGCACCUUCCGAGUCCUCCGGGCCCUGAAAACUAUAUCAGUCAUUUCAGGCCUGAAGACCAUCGUGGGGGCCCUGAUCCAGUCUGUGAAGAAGCUGGCUGAUGUGAUGGUCCUCACGGUCUUCUGCCUCAGCGUCUUUGCCCUCAUCGGCCUGCAGCUCUUCAUGGGCAACCUAAGGCACAAGUGCGUCCGCGACUUCACCACGCUCAAUGGCACCAACGGCUCCGUGGAGGCCGACGGCUCGGUCUGGGAAUCCCUGGACCUCUACCUCAGUGACCCAGAAAAUUACUUGCUCAAGAACGGCACCUCCGACGUGUUACUGUGUGGGAACAGCUCUGACGCUGGGACAUGUCCCAAGGGCUACCGGUGCCUAAAGGCAGGCGAGAACCCUGACCAUGGCUACACCAGCUUCGAUUCCUUUGCCUGGGCCUUUCUUGCACUCUUCCGCCUGAUGACGCAGGACUGCUGGGAGCGCCUCUAUCAGCAGACCCUCAGGUCCGCAGGGAAGAUCUACAUGAUCUUCUUCAUGCUUGUCAUCUUUCUGGGCUCCUUCUACCUGGUGAACCUGAUCCUGGCCGUGGUUGCCAUGGCCUAUGAGGAACAAAACCAAGCCACCAUCGCUGAGACCGAGGAAAAGGAAAAGCGCUUCCAGGAGGCCAUGGAGAUGCUCAAAAAAGAACACGAGGCUCUCACCAUCAGGGGUGUGGAUACCGUGUCCCGUAGCUCCUUGGAGAUGUCCCCUUUGGCCCCAGUAACCACCCAUGAGAGAAGAAGCAAGGGGAGAAAACGGAUGUCUUCAGGAACCGAGGAGUGUGGGGAGGACAGGCUGCCCAAGUCUGACUCAGAAGAUGGUCCCAGAGCAGUGAAUCGCCUCAGCCUCACCCACGGCCUCAGCAGGACAUCUAUGAAGCCACGUUCCAGCCGGGGGAGCAUUUUCACCUUUCGCCGGCGAGAUCUGGGUUCCGAAACAGAUUUUGCAGAUGAUGAAAACAGCACAGCGGGGGAGAGCGAGAGCCACCACACAUCAUUGCUGGUGCCCUGGCCCCUGCGCCAGACUGGUGCCCAGGGACAGCCCAGUCCUGGAACCUCGGCUCCUGGCCACGCCCUCAAUGGCAAAAAGAACAGCACUGUGGACUGCAAUGGGGUGGUCUCCUUGCUGGGGGCAGGUGACCCAGAGGCCACUUCCCCAGGAAGCCAUCUCCUCCGCCCUGUGAUGCUAGAGCACCCCCUAGACACGACCACGCCAUCGGAGGAGCCAGGCGGGCCCCGGAUGCUGACCCCCCAGGCUCCGUUUGUAGAUGGCUUCGAGGAGCCAGAAGCACGGCAGCGGGCCCUCAGCGCAGUCAGUGUCCUCACCAGCGCGCUGGAAGAGCUGGAGGAGUCUCACCGCAAGUGUCCACCGUGCUGGAACCGCUUCGCCCAGCGCUACCUGAUCUGGGAGUGCUGCCCGCUGUGGAUGUCCAUCAAGCAGGGAGUGAAGUUUGUGGUCAUGGACCCGUUCACUGACCUCACCAUCACUAUGUGCAUCGUGCUCAACACACUCUUCAUGGCGCUGGAGCACUACAACAUGACAAGUGAAUUCGAGGACAUGCUGCAGGUCGGAAACCUGGUCUUCACGGGGAUUUUCACAGCAGAGAUGACCUUCAAGAUCAUUGCCCUCGACCCCUACUACUACUUUCAGCAGGGCUGGAACAUCUUCGACAGCAUCAUCGUCAUCCUUAGCCUCAUGGAGCUGGGCCUGUCCCGCAUGAGCAACUUGUCGGUGCUGCGCUCCUUCCGCCUGCUGCGGGUCUUCAAGCUGGCCAAAUCCUGGCCCACCCUGAACACACUGAUUAAGAUCAUCGGGAACUCAGUGGGGGCACUGGGGAACCUGACGCUGGUGCUAGCCAUCAUUGUGUUCAUCUUUGCUGUGGUGGGCAUGCAGCUCUUUGGCAAGAACUACUCAGAGCUGAGGCACAGCGACUCAGGCCUGCUGCCUCGCUGGCACAUGAUGGAUUUCUUCCACGCCUUCCUCAUCAUCUUCCGCAUCCUCUGCGGAGAGUGGAUCGAGACCAUGUGGGACUGCAUGGAGGUGUCUGGGCAGUCACUGUGCCUGCUGGUCUUCUUGCUUGUUAUGGUCAUUGGAAACCUUGUGGUCCUGAACCUCUUCCUGGCCUUGCUGCUCAGCUCUUUCAGCGCAGACAACCUCACAGCCCCUGACGAGGACAGAGAGCUGAACAACCUCCAGCUGGCCCUGGCCCGCAUCCAGCGGGGCCUGCGCUUCAUCAAGAGGACCACCUGGGACUUCUGCUGUGGGCUCCUGCGGCAGCGGCCUCAGAAGCCCGCAGCCCUGGCCGCCCAGGGCCAGCUGCCCAGCUGCAUUGCCACUCCCCACUCCCCACCACCCCCAGAGACAGAGAAGGCACCCCCCGCCCGCAAGGAAACACGGUUUGAGGAAGGCGAGCGGCCAGGCCAGGGCACCCCCAGAGAUCCGGAGACCGUGUGUGUGCCCAUUGCCGUGGCCGAGUCAGACACAGACGACCAAGAGGAGGACGAGGAGAACAGCCUGGGCACGGAGGAGGAGUCCAGCAAGCAGCAGGAAUCCCAGCCUGUGUCCGGUGGCCCAGAGGCCCCUCCGGAUUCCAGGACCUGGAGCCAAGUGUCAGCGACUGCCUCCUCCGAGGCCGAGGCCAGUGCAUCUCAGGCCGACUGGCAGCAGCAGCGGAAAGUGGAACCCCGGGCUCCAGGGUGCAGUGAGACCCCAGAGGACAGUUACUCCGAAGGCAGCACAGCAGACAUGACCAACACUGCCGAGCUCCUGGAGCAGAUCCCCGACCUCGGCCAGGAUGUCAAGGAUCCAGAGGACUGCUUCACUGAAGGCUGUGUCCGGCGCUGUCCCUGCUGUGCGGUGGACACCACACAGGCCCCAGGGAAGGUCUGGUGGCAGCUGCGCAAGACCUGCUACCACAUUGUGGAGCACAGCUGGUUCGAGACGUUCAUCAUCUUCAUGAUCCUGCUCAGCAGUGGAGCGCUGGCCUUCGAGGACAUCUACCUAGAGGAGCGGAAGACCAUCAAGGUUCUGCUUGAGUAUGCCGACAAGAUGUUCACCUACGUCUUCGUGCUGGAGAUGCUGCUCAAGUGGGUGGCCUACGGCUUCAAGAAGUACUUCACCAACGCCUGGUGCUGGCUCGACUUCCUCAUCGUGGACGUCUCUCUGGUCAGCCUGGUGGCCAACACCCUGGGCUUUGCUGAGAUGGGCCCCAUCAAGUCACUGCGGACGCUGCGGGCACUCCGCCCCCUGAGAGCCCUGUCACGAUUUGAAGGCAUGAGGGUGGUAGUCAAUGCGCUGGUGGGCGCCAUCCCAUCCAUCAUGAACGUCCUCCUCGUCUGCCUCAUCUUCUGGCUCAUCUUCAGCAUCAUGGGUGUGAACCUCUUCGCGGGGAAGUUUGGGAGGUGCAUCAACCAGACGGAGGGAGACUUGCCUUUGAACUACACCAUCGUGAACAACAAGAGCCAGUGUGAGUCCUUGAACGUGACCGGCGAAUUGUACUGGACCAAGGUGAAAGUCAACUUUGACAACGUGGGGGCCGGGUACCUGGCCCUUCUGCAGGUGGCAACAUUUAAAGGCUGGAUGGACAUUAUGUAUGCAGCUGUGGACUCCAGGGGGUACGAAGAGCAGCCCCAGUGGGAGUACAACCUCUACAUGUAUAUCUACUUUGUCAUUUUCAUCAUCUUCGGGUCUUUCUUCACCCUGAACCUCUUUAUCGGUGUCAUCAUUGACAACUUCAACCAACAGAAGAAAAAGUUAGGGGGCCAGGACAUCUUCAUGACAGAGGAGCAGAAGAAGUACUACAAUGCCAUGAAGAAGCUGGGCUCCAAGAAGCCCCAGAAGCCCAUCCCACGGCCCCUGAACAAGUACCAGGGCUUCAUAUUCGACAUUGUGACCAAGCAGGCCUUUGAUGUCACCAUCAUGUUUCUGAUCUGCUUGAAUAUGGUGACCAUGAUGGUGGAGACAGAUGACCAAAGUCCUGAGAAAGUCAACAUCUUGACCAAGAUCAACCUGCUCUUUGUGGCCAUCUUCACAGGCGAGUGUAUUUUCAAGAUGGCUGCACUGCGCCACUAUUACUUCACCAACAGCUGGAAUAUCUUCGACUUCGUGGUUGUCAUCCUCUCCAUCGUGGGCACUGUGCUCUCGGACAUCAUCCAGAAGUACUUCUUCUCCCCGACGCUCUUCCGAGUCAUCCGCCUGGCCCGAAUCGGCCGCAUCCUCAGACUGAUCCGAGGGGCCAAGGGGAUCCGCACGCUGCUCUUCGCCCUCAUGAUGUCCCUGCCUGCCCUCUUCAACAUCGGGUUGCUGCUCUUCCUAGUCAUGUUCAUCUACUCCAUCUUUGGCAUGGCCAAUUUCGCUUAUGUCAAGUGGGAGGCCGGCAUCGACGACAUGUUCAACUUCCAGACCUUCGCCAACAGCAUGCUGUGCCUCUUCCAGAUCACCACGUCGGCCGGCUGGGACGGCCUCCUCAGCCCCAUCCUCAACACGGGGCCCCCCUACUGUGACCCCAAUCUGCCCAACAGCAAUGGCUCUCGGGGGGACUGCGGGAGCCCAGCCGUGGGCAUCCUCUUCUUCACCACCUACAUCAUCAUCUCCUUCCUCAUCGUGGUCAACAUGUACAUUGCCAUCAUCCUGGAGAACUUCAGCGUGGCCACGGAGGAGAGCACCGAGCCCCUGAGUGAGGACGACUUCGACAUGUUCUAUGAGACCUGGGAGAAGUUCGACCCAGAGGCCACUCAGUUUAUCGAGUACUCGGCCCUGUCUGACUUUGCCGAUGCCCUGUCUGAACCGCUCCGUAUCGCCAAGCCCAACCAGAUAAGCCUCAUCAACAUGGACCUGCCCAUGGUGAGCGGGGACCGCAUCCACUGCAUGGACAUCCUCUUCGCCUUCACCAAAAGGGUCCUGGGGGAGUCUGGGGAGAUGGACGCCCUGAAGAUCCAGAUGGAGGAGAAGUUCAUGGCAGCCAAUCCAUCCAAGAUCUCCUACGAGCCCAUCACCACCACACUCCGGCGCAAGCACGAGGAGGUGUCGGCCACCGUCAUCCAGAGGGCCUUUCGCAGGCACCUGCUGCAGCGCUCCAUGAAGCACGCCUCCUUCCUCUUCCGUCAGCAGGCGGGCAGCGGCCUCUCCGAAGAGGACGCCCCUGAGCGAGAGGGCCUCAUUGCCUACAUGAUGAAUGAAAACUUCUCCCGGCCCCCUGGCCCGCCCUCCAGCUCCUCCAUCUCCUCCACUUCCUUCCCACCCUCCUAUGACAGUGUCACUAGAGCCACCAGCGAUAACGUCCAGGUGCGGGGGUCUGACGACAGCCACAGCGAAGAUCUCGCCGACUUCCCCCCAUCUCCGGACAGGGACCGUGAGUCCAUCGUGUGAGCCUCGGCCAUACCGAAAAGCAGCCUGUUGCACCGUGGAAAACCUAAAUGCAGUCAGUCGCAAACCAGCCUGGGGCCUUCCUGGCUUUGGGGGUGAGAAAUGGGCCUCGGCCCCGUGGCUCAGCCAGCCAGAGUUCCGUGGCACCGCGUGGACACCCGGAGCAGCUGGCCUGUGCCUGGAGGCCUCAGGCAGACCCGUGGCCUGGUCUGGUCAGGCAGCGCCUUGGGGCUCUGAAAAGCAACUUCACCCCAGCUGCGGAGGCGAAAUAGAAAACUGAGACUGUAUAUGUUGUGAAUGGGCUUUCAUAAAUUUAUUAUAUUUGAUAUUUUUUUACUUGAGCAAAGAACUAAAGAUUUUUCCAUGGACGUGGGCAGCAAUUCACGCUGUCUCUUAACUCUGAACAAGAGUGUCUAUGGAGCAGCCAGGACUCUGUUCUCAAAGCCGAAGUGGACUCCAGCGUGGUUCUCACGGGCCUUCACUGCCCAGGGGUAGAAUGGGGUCCCUCUCCCACUUGAGCUGAGAUGCUGGGAGGGCUGAACUCCCACUCACACUAGCACACACAGUCCUCACACAUGGAGGCCAGACACAGGCCCCGGGACCCAGGCUCCCAGCCUAAGGGAGACAGGCCUUUCCCUGGUGGCCCCAAGGAUGGGGUUCUUGUCUGCGUGGUUCCGUCUGGCCUUCUGUUAUCUCCAUGGUCCCAUUUUCCCUGUGUUUUUACACAGGUCACAUGGGGUCAGUCCUACAAAAAUACGACUUCCGGAGGAGAGUGGCCUGGGUCCCAGGGCUGGCCCCAGGCACUGAUACUGCCUCUUCUCCCCUCCCAUAAGAGUAUUAACCUUGAAACCAAAGGGCACGAGGGUGCCAGCCCCACUCGUGGCCUGGCAUACAGCCUGUCCUUGCUCCUGGAACCUGGCAGGCCUUGCCCAACAGGCCAAGGGAAGAGAAGGCUGAGGCAUGUGGGUUUGGGGCUAAGAGGCUCAGCAUCCCUCAGCCACGUGGCUCCUCCGCCUGCAUGAAGACAGGAAAUUUCUGCCAUCUCCCGGGGCUCUCUGGACCUUUCUGCCUCUGACCAUACAUGGAGGAGCUUUCUGUGUGGUCCCCAGCUCCUCUCAAGACGCAGAGACAUGGGAGUGAGGAGAGGAACUUGGCCCUGCGCCCUGUGCAGGGAAAGGCGUGGUCAGGCCCAGUUCUCCUGCCUUAGAGGGGAAUGACUCGUGGCCCCUUUGGGAGAGGGGGCACUGUGGUCAGGUCCAGCCUCUGUGGCUCAGCCCGGGAUCCUGAUGGACCCACACACAGGACCUCUUUGGGGCGAGGUCCAGGUGGUCCCAUAGGUCUCGUCAGAAGGCUUUUUCAGGGAAAAAUAUUUUACUAGUCCAAUUACCCCCAGGACCUCUUCAGCUGCUGACAAUCCUAUUUAGCAUAUGCAAAUCUUUUAAGGUAGAGAACUGUCACCCUGAGGUCACAGGGUCAAUUGGCGGAGCCUGAGCAGGCAGGGGCUUGGCUGCCCGAUUCCAGCUCUCCUUCAGAGCCCCCUCCAGCGGGCAUUGCCUCCCAGGCCACCUCAGUCUCACCUGCCCGCUCUGGGCUGGCUGCUCCUAACCUACCUCGCCGAGCUGUCGGAGAACUGGGCAUUUGUGACACCCAUGGCAGUGCUGAAGGGGGCAUUGCCGGCGAGUAAAGUAUUAAGUUUCUUCUUGUCACCCCAGUUCACUUGGUGGCAACCCCAGACCCCACCCAUGCCCCGAGAGGUCUAUUUCUCUUCUCCCGUGUUCCCUUUGAGUCCAGUGUGGGACAUAGUUUCACUGUCCCAGCGACGUUUCUCCAAGUGGAAAUCCUAUUUCUGUAGAUCUCUGUGCUUUGCUCUCAAGGCUUGGAGAGGUGUGUGCCCCUCCUGCGCGCUCACCGCCCGAGGGGCAGGCAGGAAUGCAAUUGAGAGGCAGGCCGGGCUGCCAGCCCAGCUGGCCGGAAGGAGACUGUGGUUUUGUGUGUGUGGACAGCCCCGGAUCCUUGAGACAGGUGCCUGGGGCUGGCUGCAGACGGUGUGGCUGGGGGCGGGGGGAGCUAGACCCAACCCCUUAGCUUUUAGCCUGGCUGUCACUGUUUUGAUUUCCAGAGCUGCACAAUGACCAGCAGGAGGGGAGAAGAGAGUAGGAAAAAGGAGGGAGGGGCAGACAUCAAGUGCCAGAUGUUGUCUGAACAAAUCAAGCACUUCUCACCAAACUUGAUGUAUAAAUAAAAUACAUAUUUUUAAAACAAACCAAUAAAUGGCUUACAUGACCUGG